AUUUCGUAAAAUUAUUUAUUACGUUCUUAUGAACGAUGGAUUAUGUUAUGGAAAAAGAAAAUGAUGUGAUAUUAUUUCAAUAUCGUUCAUGUGAUACUUUUUAUUUCAAUUGGAUUAUUUUAUGAUUUCACGAUGUGCGUAUAUAAGAUUUGCCAUGGUUGUUUGUAGAUAUAUUGCGUCAGAAAGUAAAGCGUUGCGUUGGAAGACAUACACGAAAUACGAAUCGUUCUUAGCGCACAAAAAAAAAAAAAGAAAAAAAAAAAAACCACGGAUUAUAGUUAAAAACGUACUAUUUUCAAGUACACAAUAAUUUAUCAACGUGAAUGAUUAUUUGCACGUUAAUAUUUUGAUUAGAUUUUAUGAAAUUUUGCAAAUAUCUUUAAUGGUGCUCGUAGUAUAAUGAUCAUGAUAAGCGUAUGUAUAUGAUAUGUGGUUCGUUUAAAAAUUGGUGAAAAAUGUCGGGAAAGAAAUUGCGUGUCAAUUUCUUCUUGUAUAUUUUGAUACAAGGCUAGCCAGUUGUGUCAUUCUUAUUGUGUGAUUUUUAGUCAUUCGAUCAAUAGUCUGUGGGACUAUAUUACAAUUUUACCGUUUCCAUAGAGAGCGGUUUAUCACACAACAUAAGAAUGGACACAUCAGGCUUUCCUGUACCAGAUGCGAUUCACCCAUUACUUGAACAAUUACAAGAAGCUUUGGUGCUUGAGGUUAAAUAUCAACCAAAUCUUCAAUUGCUCACCACAACGCAAAAUGAUGAAAUUACAAUUGGAGCACGGGAUGGAUCCGCUCAUGUAUUAAGAUGUUUAAAAGUAUGGUAUGAUUUACCAUCCGAUGUAUUUUUUGUUGCUAUUAAUUUGAUGGAUCGUUUUUUAACCAAAAUGAAAGCCAGACCAAAACAUAUGGCUUGCAUCAGUGUAUCAGCUUUUCAUAUCGCUGCAGUUCAAAUGGCUCAAUCUUUGGAUGCUGAUCAUUUAGUAUCCAUUUCUCAAUGCAAGUGUACCGGAGGAGAUCUUAAGCGUAUGUCAGGAGUAAUACGUAAUAAAUUAGAAUGGGCACCGGCUGUACAACCAAUUACAUCAUUAACUUUUUUACAAUUGUUUAAUACAAUGUUUCAUACUGUUGCAUCACAUUUGGGUAUUGGCGAUAUAUAUGCCAAUGUAGUAAUGGAAUCUGAACUUUUUCUGAGAUUAGAAAUGAUUGCUUGUGAUGGAAAUUGUGCAAGUUUAAGAUCAUCUGAAGUAGCUUUGGUCUUACUCUGUACAUAUUUGGACGCAGCCGUUAAACGGUUAGAUGCAAAUAAAGAUGUUACUAAUUCUGUAACAUCAAUGGCUGGUCCUUCUACUAUUAAUUCAUCUGUAACACCUGCGCAUCAAAUGUUAAGACUGGUAGAAUUUGCUGCUGAAGUACAAAAAAUUUGCAAGAUUUCAGACGAUAGCUUUGUUUCUACUCAUGAAGCAGUAAGUGCUGUUUUAAAUAAAUACAAUGCUCAAGAACAAACGCCUCAUAGACAAAGACUCAUAUGGAGAUUAUCUUCACGUACAGCUCGUCUUUUGCGUCCGACUGAUAAAUUUACUUCUGUUUUACCUGUUAUUGCUGAACACACUCCAGUUCCAUCUCCAAGUAGGAUCAGAAAAAACCGUAAGUUCUCCCGUCGUCAUGGAAACAAAAGGCGUUAAUAUAUCUCGCUUAUACUCGAUAAUGAACAAGAAAGAUCUGUCGUAUUUGGAUGAAUUUGAA